CAUGAGUGAUGACUGGGAGAGGGAGACGCCGGUGGAUGCGCCGAUGGUUUGGGGGGCCCCAUGCCACCGCAGGGCUGAAUGCAUCGUCACCUGUACCAUUCCGUUUUCACAACAUCAAGUGGCCACGAUGUUCGCGAUACGUGACGCUUCAUGAUGGCUUCUUGCAUCAUGCUCCAUCUGACGGCGUAGAAGCUGAUCUGAGGAUAACGCUUUUACGCUCCCGCUGGCAGGUUUGAGAACUGACUUCGUAUCAGCGAGGACUCGGCUAGGCGCAAAACGCCUUGAAGCUUGAGAACCAAUCCCAACGGUAUCGGCCUCGAAAUGUCGAAGCUGUCUCGCUCCUUCGGCCGUCCGAGCUACCCAACUCUGCCGGUCGAUCUUCGCCGCAACAAGAUUGACAACCCAGCUGCACUGCCUCCACUGGCAGAUCUAGCCCUCAUCGAUGUGAAAGAUGACUCAAUAUUAACGAGUAUCAGCCCGCCAGUCAAGCGCAUCUACCUUGAAGAAGAUGUACAAAUCUGGCAGCGUUCACAUGCUCAUCACCAACUCCUGCUCUUCCUUGCUCAAGUUGCUCAGGCAUGCAUUGGAAAAGCGACAGUAUGCCCGCAGAAGCAUGACACUCAGAGCCCAAGUGCGGCAGUACUGUCUUUGAUCGAGCUACUCGAGCGCGUAGACGCUUUGACGCAAGAGAUCAAGCCUCUGGAUACACCGCAACGGUUCGGCAACCUUGCCUUCAGGACCUGGGGUCAAAGAUUGGAAGAGGAAGCUGAAGGCCUGCAUAAACAACUCCUGCCGUCAGAGCUACAUGCGUUUAUACCAGAAUUAGCGGCAUACUUUCUUGGCGCCUUUGGCUCUUUUGUGCGACUUGACUAUGGCUCCGGCCACGAGCUCUCAUUUGCCGCAUGGCUGUGCUUUUUACGACGUCUCGGUUUCCUUCAUGAAGGCGAUGAAGAGGCUAUCGGCCUAAGAAUCAUUCCGCGCUACCUCCAGGUCGUGUGGAACUUGCAGGACGCCUACAAGUUGGAACCUGCGGGGAGCCACGGAGUGUGGGGGCUGGAUGACUACCAAUUCGUUCCCUACAUUGUGGGUGCGGCUCAACUAGCUGCCCAAGACGAGUAUCGCCCGUCCCAAAUCUCUUCGGUUUCGCAUCGCGCUGUAAGUCAAACACAGAAGCAUGUCCCCCCGCAGGACCUUCUGGCCUUUGUCCCAAACGUAGGUCCAGCCAGCAUGACCCGCAAUAGCGCGCCACUACGAUCUGUCGACGGCCCCUCUAGCAGCUCUCCGCAGCCGACAUCGCGUGUCACGCCAGAAUCUCCGCCACCAUUUGCGAAUCUCUUCACCAGUUCCAUUGCGCGUAUCCACUUACUCAAGAAAGGUCCUUUUGCGGAACAUUCGCCGCUCCUGAACGACCUGUCUGGUUCUGUGCCAAAUUGGGUCAAGAUGCACAAUGGCAUGCUCAAGAUGUAUGACGCAGAGUGCUUGGGCAAAAGGCCAGUCGUGCAACACUUCUUGUUCGGGCCAACUUGCUUCAAAUGGGAAGGGCCGGUUCGUCAACCUUCCACUUCAAACAUGGAACAAACCCCACGGCCGAAUGGCUGCAACGACGCUCCAGCAGAUGCACCCAACAUCCAGGUGUUUAGUCUGACGGGUGCACCCUGGGCUGCACAACCUCCACGUAUGGGCAUUGGCAGCGCCCCACGGCUCCCACCGCUCACCAUCGCACAUAUAGGGGGCGGGAGCUCCGCGGCGGUGCCGCCUCCAAGUGUACUUUGGGCAGCGUCGUCGGCUCCGCAUGCAAGAACGGGAGUUCCGAUAGUCUCCCCGGUUGCAGCACCCUGGACUGCUGCUUCCUCACGAGUUCGUCCAGUGGAACGGAAUCCUACGACGCUUGGCGGUACCAGCUCUGCAGCCAUCGCAACCUCUCCAUUCAGCGCGCUGCCGCCUGCAACUCCUUCCCAACCACGUGCAAAACCAGGCAAUGGAUAAGGCGGCAUCUAGCAAUGCAGUAUUGCGAUUUCAUGAGUGUGUGCGCUCUAGUACAGCGGCUUCAUGGUGUACAUCGAAGUGAGAGCCGGAGUGUCAACGUCCUCAGUGAGCUGGGGCAUCUUGUACAUGUUGGUCGCCUUGCUCGCAUCUUGCCCGAUAUCAAA